AAUAUGUGAACGACCCCUAAUUCAUUUAAUUCAUAACAAUAAGAUAUAUCUUCUAUCAGUUCAAGAUGACUACCAGUUUACUUAUCAUCCGAUUUCAGGGCAUGAAAUGACCUUGUCGUUGCAGGAAACUGUGGAUACCUCAUAACUGAUUUGAGAAGAUUGCAUGGCAAAGGUAAACGUCCAGUUUAAUCUUUCUGCACAGGAUAAAGGUAAUGACCAUCCCACCUUCAAUCUUGAAACUGGAGAAAAAGAAACUGAGAGGCCCCUAUCUAGAAUUUCAAAAUUGUUCUCCGACUCUGGAUCCAUAAGUUCAGGUGAAGAUGACGAUUCUGAUGAUGAACUUGGCUUUACUCCUUUGAAAAGUAGCUAUCUUAGUCAUCAGUCUAGACCUGGGACAGCACUUGCCUCAAAAGAAAGGCCAAACUUGAAUGCAACAACACAAGUGUUGAAAAAGAGAUUGAAAGUUAUCAGGACACUCAGGAAAGAACUGCAAGAUAAUGAUAUCAUGUGGAUCAGAGAUACAUUUAUCAGGAAGGACUGUACCACAUUUGUUGGGGAAAAUGGUAAAUGUCAUUGUGGAAGAAGCAAGGAAGUGCAUCAGAAACAAGAUGGCAAGGAUACACAGUGGAGCGCUGUCCAGCAUUGUAAUAUGCUCCCAACUGAUGCAUUUGGUAUUGUCAAACUGGUCAGCGGGAGUUUCAACACUGCACGGUAUCUACGAUUAUCUGAUGACUCAGAAAGUGAUGACAUACUCCAACUAUUGAGGGAUUUCUGGCAUUUGAGCAUGCCUGGCAUCGUUUUGAGCAUCAUAGGAUCAGGGAACACAGUUAUUCCGCACAAACUCUACCAGACUAUCCAACGUGACAUAGCUAAAGUUGGGAAGCUAACAAGAGCCUGGGUUUUCACUAACGGUCUCUCCGGAGGAUCAUCCAGUGUUAUCGGGCACAUGCUGUCCACACAUGGUUACCCUGUACCUGCCAUUGCCUUUGGUAGCUGGGGUACUAUUGAUAACACUGAUAGUUUAAGAAACCCUGAAGAAGAUCCAACAACAUUGGUGUAUUAUAAUCCGGAUACAAGCAAUCCUGAGAACAACCUUGAUCCAAAUCAUACUCAUCUUCUGCUGAUUGAUGAUGGCACAGUUAAAAACACUAAGUCUAAUGAUUCUGUCAGGAGAGAUUUUGAGAAGUAUCUGCUGACACAGUUCAAUGUUCCAUUGCUCUACAAUAUGAUUGGAGGGACCGAGGAGGAUGGAGUGAACUUGCACAGCAUUCUUCUUGGUGGUUCCAUAGUUGUUAUGGUGAAAGGUAGUGGAGGAUUUGCAGAUGAUUACUGUGAUUUUCACAAGCACUAUGAAGACCAGCAGGAUCUUCCAGUUCAAUGCUCUUGCUUUCAGGAUCUUCAGAAAAGACCCUGUAAAGUCAUCAUAGAAAAGAUGGACCACGACUUUGACAUCCACAUCCUGCUUAAUGUAUGGGACAACAGAGAAAAUGUUGCAAUAUACGAUUACACCCAAGUCUCCGAUUUCGAUGCCUUUAUCCUGAAACUUCUUGUUACGACAAUCAAAGAACAUGGUAUAGACGAUCAGCUCGACAUGGCCUGUAAGUGGUCGAGAGUGGACGUGGCCGAGCACAUUCUGUCUGAGCAACUUGACGCUACCACAGGGGCUAAAUACAGCACAGGUCUUACUAAGACACUGUUCCAUGCUCUUGUGUGGGGAUACUCCGACUUCUGUGGGGUUCUCAUUGAAAACGGAGCUGACAUUUACGACAUACAGGCAAAUAUUGUGAGUCUAUACGAGUCAGCGUACUUCUCCCCUCGCUGUAACCACGUGAUACAACUACUAGAGAAGUACACCACAUUUGACGGCAACAGAAAGAUACAAAGAAGUCAAGUUAACCAACUACUUGAGAAGCUGAUGGAUAAGGAUUUUGUGGCCUGUACAGGUUACGAGGUAGACCCCUUCUUCGAACUGACUUUAUGGGCUAUUCUAAUGUUGAGGGAUGAUCUGGCAGUUUUGUUGUGGAGGUACACUCAGGACCCCGUCAGAUGCUGUCUGGUUUCUCUUCUUAUGCUCUACAGUUUCAAACACCACGUCUACCUUGAGAAGGAUGACGACAGACGGAGAGUGAAGAUGAUGUACGAUGUAUUUGAGGAUCUCUCCCUCUCAGUCAUGAACCAGGCCUGGCUGAGCGACCCUGAUAUCUGUAGACGGGCAAUGCUCAGCAAGUGGCAGAGAGUCAGGUCCUACAACUACUUGGAUUUAGCGUUCCACGCGCACGCGCGCGCUUUCAUGGCGCACCCCGCAUGUCAGGAGAUAAUAUCUAUGGGAUGGAGGGGACAGUUUAAAAGAGAUACAAGUGUUGGCAGGGUGGUGCUUAUUAUUCUCCUCCCAUUCCUCUGUAUUACUCCACUUGUUCCAUUUGAUAGAAGAGUCAGUUACAGAAAGGCUGUGCAGGGACGUUACAAGAUGAUCUACAUUGAUAAGCUGACUGGCCUUGCCGCUUUGUAUAAUAGAGUUGUGGCUUUUUACUCGGCCCCGGUUACCAAGUUCUGGAUGAAUCUUUUGUUUUACACCAUCUUUCUCAUCUUCCACUCUUACAAUCUGUUGGCCAAAAUGGUCUACAUUUCGCCUUUUGAGAUCAGUCAGCUGGCUUGGACUGAGAUUGUCAUCUGGAUAUGGUUAGCUAUGGCUAUAGUAUCGGAGUUUCAAGACUGGUUGCAGUCUUGUUUCAGUCCUAGCACCAAACUAAAGUACCUAACGGACAGUUGGAAUCGGCUGGAUAUUAUCAUCGUUGUUUUCUAUGUUGUUGGGCUAAUCUUCAGAAUGAUACCCCAAUUAGCGUACUUCCAGACGGGUAGAACUAUCCUAGCUGUCGCCACAAUCCCCAUGUUUAUCAAGCUGCUCAUGCUGUUUGAGUACAAACCCACACUAGGACCUAUACUACUAAUGUUGCGUGAAAUGUGUAAAGAUCUGGGAGUUUUCCUCCUUCUCCUCCUCAUCUUUCUCCUUGGCUUCGGAGUGUCUUACAUGGCUAUACUCAUCCCACCGGCUCGCUUCAGUUGGCAGAGCAUGUCCGCUCUUUUUAUGUAUCCUUUCUUUCAAAUGUUCGGCGACUUUUAUCUGGAAACUUUCGAACUUGCUGAGGCCAGCACUUACAUUGACAGAGAAUUUGACCCGGACGACCCAAAUGCAAUGAUAACAAAAGCCCAGGGCAUAGUUUCCGUUUCUCUCGUGAUCUGCUGGAUCAUGAUAUCAACUGUUGUACUUGUUAACCUGCUUAUAGCCAUGUUCAGUGAUACUUACAGGACUAUUAAGGAUAAUCAGCUGGUUAUCUGGAAGUACCAGCGCUACAAGAUGUUAUCUCAAUACCGAGCGAGUAUGAUCCCACCCCCCUUCAACCUCCUCCACUACCUUCUCCACUACCUGGUGAAGUGUUGUCGCCGGAUAUCCAGACCUAGUGUCAGACCACACCGCGAUCCUGCUCCCAACUACUGGAAGGAUUGCAUGAUCAGGACCUUUAUGCAGGAUGCACGUGACGAGUAUCUGAGUAUGACAGACAGCAAGGUAGGGGACUCCAGCAGUGAUAUCCUCAGGAAACUACAGACUGUUGAGCACCAUCUCUCUAUUAUCAGACGAGUGGGCAACAAGACUAGUUCUCUUUACGCUUGAGUGGUGUCUGCUCAUUCGUCAAGUUAAUUUAGAUAAACUGCUUUAGUUUUUAAUCCGAGGUUAUAUUAUAUCAGAAACCUUAGAAAUUUUUAUAUUUUACGUAUCUCUGAAGUUUAAGCUUUUACUAUUUAUGUUCCUGUGUCUAGGUCUUUAUGUUAUGUGAAUUCUGAAGUCGAUUUUGUAGAAUGAAUUAAAUAUGUACAAUUUUAAGUCAUUUUUAGUUUAUAAGGUUGUUUCGAGUAAAUAUCAUAGUUAUUUUUUAAUAUAUUUCAACAUAUUAACUACUUAUUUCUUCUUCUUAGAAA